UAGACAGUCUUCUCACAAUUUUCAUAUUUUUUUUUUGAUUUUCCUGGAAUUAUUUUGUCUAAAAUGAAUGAAAUGACACUUUUAUACUCUCCAUCCUGUUGGGUACCUGGUAAAAAUCGAGAUGAAGUCAUGAAUGAUUUCUUUGCUGGAAUUAAAAACGCUUUUGAAGCUCUUAAGAAUGAUGAGAAGAUUCCAAGAAAAGAAAAUGUUGCUUAUGGAAUGGAAGAAAAUCAGAAAGUGGACAUUUGGGGAGAUGCAUCCGAUAAGCUUCUGAUUUUUAUUCAUGGAGGAUACUGGGCGGCAGGAACCCGAAAAGACUGCUUAACUCCAGCAAGGUGUGCAUUGAACAAUGAAUAUGCAUUUGCAUCGGUAGGUUACGGCCUCUCAACAGAAGGUAGAACUCUUACGGAAACAGUGGAAGAUGUUGUGAAUGGUGUGGAUUUUAUUUUGAAAUUAUAUCCGAAUGUAUCUAAUGUUCUGGUUGGAGGACAUUCAGCAGGAGCUCAUUUAGCAAUGAACGCUGUUGCACGUCUUCGAAAUCCACGAAUCAGAGGUCUCCUCUUGUUUUCCGGUUGCUAUUUUUUGGAAGAACUAAUUGGCACAGAAAUAGGAACAGAUAUCAAUUUAACUACUGAUCAAGCAAAGCUCAAUAGUUGUGAUUUAUCCAAGUUAGAUGGUCUGAAGUUGGAUAGUCUUGUUAUUCUUGGACUACAAGAAGCACCAAAACUUAUCGAACAGAAUCGAGAUUUUGUUGCACAACAAGGCCAGUCUAGAAUUGAGGAGUUUCCAAACAGUGGGCAUUACACAAUUAUGACAAAUCUACUAAAUCACACUUCUGGGGAGUAUUUGGCAAUGGAGAAGUUUUUGAAAAAUUUCUAGUGUGACGUCUUCGAUCUAAUUGCCUAGGAUAGACUGAAAGAUCGUUUAAAAUGAAGUUUAUUAUUAAAAUAAAACAAAAUUUGUG